AUGGCGACCGACCUCCCUGCGCAAGUAUUAGACCUCCUCUCCUCCACCGAUGACCCAAUUCUCUCUACCAAUAACUUCCCCACCGUGCCCACAAUUGCUUUAAAAAGCGCUCUGGAUCGACUUAGAUCCAGAGACAUGAUCAUAUAUGAAACGAUUGAACAGGAGGAAGCAGUAUUAUUGCCAGAAGCUGAAGGAAUAGCAGCAAAUGGCAGCCAUGAAGCCAAGGUGUUUGAAGCUGUGAGAGCAGCACUCAAUGGUCUGAAAAUAGCGGAUCUACCAGAUGUAGUUGGCAAGGAGGCCGCGAAAGUUGGGGCUGGAAAUGCAUUUAAGAAGGGAUGGAUUAAGAAAGAUAAGGAUCUUUUGAGGUCGGCCACAGAUUCAAUCGAAGACACCACUCGGGAGCAACUUGUGGUUAUACAGAAGACAAAAACGUACCCCGAUCCUAAAGUCUUAGCGGACUUGCGAAAGCGGAAACUUCUCACAAUGCAGAAAGUUUUAAGUUUCAGAAUAUCAAAAGGGCCUAAAUAUGCGAGAGAGCUUGUCAAGGAGGAAACCGAUCUUACAGUUGACAUGCUUUCGAAUGGAUCAUGGAAAACGGCAAAAUUUAAGCCUUACAAUUUCAAUGCUAAGGGCGCGUUAACACCCAGCGGUGCUCUGCAUCCACUGAACAAGGUGCGCCAGGAAUUUAGACAUAUUUUCUUCGAGAUGGGUUUCGAGGAGAUGCCAACCAAUCGUUAUGUCGAGACCGGCUUCUGGAAUUUUGACGCUCUCUAUGUCCCUCAACAACACCCUGCCCGUGACCUUCAAGAUACCUUUUAUAUCUCAGACCCCGCCAGGGCAGAUAAGCCACGUGAAGAUGAUCUCUCUGACAUUCACGUCGCAAAUGCUGGAAGAGCAACGGGGGGAUCUUCGAACACCGGCAAAACCAAGCCUCUCGACUAUGAGCAAUACUGGAACAACGUACGCGCUGUACAUGAAUCUGGUAAAUUCGGGUCAAUUGGCUACCGGUAUCCAUGGGAUCCCGAAGAAUCGCUCCGCCUCGUCCUUCGAACCCACACCACCUCUGUUUCCACUUAUAUGCUGCACAAACUAGCUGCAAACCCUCGACCGGCCAGGUAUUUCAGUAUUGACCGGGUGUUCCGAAACGAGGCAGUUGAUGCUACACAUCUUGCAGAGUUCCACCAGGUUGAGGGUGUGAUCGCUGAUUUUGGUCUCACGCUGGGUGGCUUGAUUGGCUUCAUGGAAGUCUUCUUUGCCAAGAUGGGAAUUCACGGGCUUAGAUUCAAGCCGGCAUAUAACCCUUACACAGAGCCGAGUAUGGAGAUUUUUGGUUACCAUGAUGGCUUAGGAAAGUGGGUAGAGAUCGGCAACAGCGGGAUGUUUAGACCGGAAAUGUUGGAGUCAAUGGGUCUGCCACAAGAUAUGAGAGUGUAUGGAUGGGGAUUGAGCUUGGAACGACCUACUAUGAUCAAAUAUGGCGUAAGCAACAUUCGUGAAUUGCUUGGGCACAAAGUAGAUCUCAACUUCAUCGAAACGAAUCCGGCAGUCCGGCUCGAAAAGGAUUAG